AUGCAGGUGACCCGGGUGGACCGCGUGCUCAUCAGGUGCCACUGUGGUGAGCCAGACAGAAACUCAAAUGAAGCCUCUGGCACUCACCGAAAUGCUUCUACCGCGGCGAGACGGAAAUUCUGUCCGCAUGUUCCCAACCUCCAUAAGGGGCUACUGCUGCCCCUGCUGCUGUUGAUGACGGGUCUGUCUGCGGCUGUGGAAUAUUCGUUCGACGAGAAUGAAAUUGCAAGCACUUCAGAUGUGUCUCUUCCACUUCCCCGUCCCUUUGACGCCACCGCGUGUUCUUUCCAUCAUUUAGCACAACAGCAACACGUGCUGCACGCGCUGCAGCAGUUGCAGUCUUCAACAACUCGCGGUCUGCUGCACGAUGCAUCAAUGGAGGCUCUGUUUAAGGCCACGCAUUCCGGCAUAGUCGCCGAGGAGGCUGAGCGGUACAUCAAGUUCGGGCGGCAAGCGGAAGUAGACGUUAAGCUCAAAUUCACGAAUCAGGGGACGUCCGCUGUCUCUGUCGUGUUCAUCUUGCUGCCUUACUCAGAGGCUACACAGCUGGGAUGGAUAGCUGCAUCCACUCAAGGUGGCAAAGACCUCGCAGUGCAAUCUGUGCUCCCGCCCCUACCAAGCAUAUCUUCUCUUCGUUGGGAGGACUGGGGGCUGAGGCCGCUGCUCUUAGAGCAAGCAGAGCAACAUCUCCAAAGGGCGAACGAGGGACAAGGCAUCGCCUUUGCCUCUCCCUGCUUUCCUCACCUCUUUCGCGUGCAGCUGGCAGAGCCUCUGCAUGUUUCUCAAUCUACGGUGCUAACUGUGUCCUACAUUCUUGGUCGUCCUUACCGGCCUUUGCCUCGUUCUUUAGACCUUGAGUCGAUUCAGUCUGUGGUGUUCGCGACCUCGUCCAACUGGCCCCUUCCCUACAAAACGCUUCGCAGCGUUCUGUCCUUACAGCUUCCCCCCAAAACAACUCUUGGAGAGAUGGGAGAGCGACACAUGCAGAAGAAGUCAUUUCGCAAGCUUCCGGGAGAGGUGUGGAAGUGGGAGUCGACCAAACCCAUUGAUCCCUUAGUGGUCCAGCAGCCGUUCGCCGUCAUAUUUCCCCUACCACAGCACCUCGGUUAUGCCUUAACGAUGGAGCGAUUGCUGGUUGCUCCUCUCAGCGGCUCCGCAUUCUGUAGGGAACUCUACAAAGUCCACAACGAUGCUGCACUACAGGAGGGUGCAUUCAACCCUGUCACUAUUGCACUAUUGCAAGGGCUGCCACCAGGCAUUUCGCGGCUAGCCGCGAAGAGCAAGGAUGUUCCGCGAAGUGAACCCGUGCCAACGCAUGUGUUGUUUGACUUGCAUGCAACAUUGCCGCCGGAUGUCUUCAAUUUAGAUGUGGGGGACUCAGCUGGGAACUUGACCAGUACUUUUGCAGCCCGCGACGGGCCUAAGGAAGCUCCUCUUUCCACUCACCUUGAGGUGAUCAAGUUUAUUAGUUCCCUGAUGCUGCAGCAUGAGUUCAAAGGCAACACUGUCUCCCUGAGCCUUCCACUGGAGCCGCCCUUCCUGGAUUUGUAUGUUGAGCAUAUCUCUCUCACCGUUCUGUUACCGACAGGCGCUACUAACAUCCGGUAUUCCUCUCCAAUCGACUUUGAAUCUGUAGAGGAGAUGGCCGUCAAGUGGUGGCUCGACGUCGUCACAUCGAGGCCAGCCUUGCGGCUGAAGUGGCACUCUGCUUCUCCUACUCCAACUAAACACAAGGGGCGUUCUUUGACAGUGACCUUCGAUUACCCGUACUCGGUGGAUUUGGAAUACCUAAAGCAGGCAUUUGUCUUGCUUCUCCUUCUACUCAUUUUCGCUGCAGCAACUGCGCUGUACCGCUGGAAGUUUAAACUCUCCACUAAGGAGGAGGCACCGGCUGCAACAUUGCACAGCGCAUUCGAGCAAGUGCAGAAAGAGCUGUGGAGCAAAACUGAGGCAGCCAUUCAUGAAGGGCGCGACUACAUGAAUUGCGUGGCCAGUAGGUGGGGGGAUUCGCAUAUUAACUUGAGGCAGAAAAGGAUGCACGAGCAAGAACGUUGGAUGGAAAGCCUGCGUCAACGUGAGGCCGAUCUUCUUGCUUUGUUAGAGACGGUCCCUGAGUCCAAUUCGUCAGUCAUCGCCUUCAAGGCGGCCCUGGAGAGGCACCGUGAAGCCGUGGGGGCAUUUACUACAUCCUUGUCCAACGACUGCAAGGAGAAGGUUGAAGAAGCUAAUCAGGAAGUCGAAGCGUCCGCUGCGCAUUUGCGGGCGUUGGCAAAAGGUUGGAAGGGUUCACGUUUAAAGCAGCACGAGGCUUAA